GUCAACUUGAUGUCAUGUCUCCACAGCCAGAUUUUCAUACAGCACAAAUGGAAACCAGUGUCUGAGAUGUACCGUAUCCCAAAAACCAUAUGUAGUAAGAGGGCCACUGCAGCUAGAAUCUGCUAAACAGGACUACAGCAGUCCAUCGUCUCCAGUCUGCUGACCGUAUCAUCCUAAAAGAUGGACCACGCCUCGCUGUAAGCCCCAUUUUCUGCUCAUCUACGCAAUUUAAAUAGGGGAGCAGCCUGGACGCGGAGGAGCUCACAAUGAUGUCCUCUUACUACCAUCCUGCCAAGGAAGCCGACAUGGCGGCCAUGACAGAGCCGCUCUGUCUAGAAAGAGAUGUGUGCAGAGUGAUUGAGCUGCUGGACCGGCUGCAGCGGAGCGGUGAGCUGCCUCCUCCCAAACUGCAGGCCCUGCAGAGAGUCCUACAGAGCAAAUUCUGUGCUGCUAUCAGAGAGGUAUAUGAACAGCUAUAUGACACUCUGGAAAUUGUCGGAGGACCGGAGGUGCGAGCACAGGCAACAGCCAAGGCCACAGUGGCAGCCUUUGCAGCCAGCGAGGGCCAUGCCCACCCAAGGGUGGUAGAGCUGCCCAAGACGGAAGAGGGCCUGGGCUUUAACAUCAUGGGGGGCAAAGAGCAGAACUCCCCCAUCUACAUCUCCAGAGUGAUCCCUGGGGGGGUGGCUGACCGCCAAGGAGGGCUUAAGAGAGGAGACCAGCUGCUGUCUGUCAAUGGAGUGAGCGUUGAGGGGGAGCACCAUGAGAAGGCGGUGGAGCUGCUGAAGGCUGCCCAGGGUUCAGUCAAGCUGGUGGUACGUUACACCCCAAAGGUCCUGGAGGAAAUGGAGGCUCGCUUUGAGAAGAUGAGGAGCGCCCGGAGACGACAGCAGCACACCAGCUACUCAUCUCUGGAGUCCAGGGGUUAGCUGACCCAAUGCCUCCAUCCAACUCAUCGUCCAACCCUCCUCACUCUUCUGUCCCAGGGGGAGGCGAGACUGUAGAUGAGAAGCAAAAAACCAAAGUAGCCUGCCAACACCUGUUACCUGAACUUGUUCAUGAAGCCAACACUGCAGUUUAGGAUUUUGUCCCCUCCCUCUUUACCCAUUUCUUAGAGAAAUGCAGAGUAAGCUUAUUGUCGGACCAUGCCUGUAAUUUUACCUCCCCAGUGUGAAACCAUCCUGUUACAUAAGGGCAACACAUUCUCUUUAGUGUGGCUUAACUGGAACCUUACUCUCAUGUUUUACUUUUGCAUUCUCAUGUAGUGCACUGCACUCCUCAGCAGUGUCCACUGUCUGCAGUUAGAGCUCAGUAGCAAAGGAAACGUGUUAAAGCUGACGGAUGUCCCAGCUAGAGGGCUAACCAUUAGCAUUAUGAAGAACUACAAUUAAAUCAGUGGCUGGCAGGGGCCAUCGUAGUCCAGGUUUUGAGAAUUGUUUAGUAUUAAUUUAUUUGUGUAUUCAUUUAUUGCAUAAUUAUUUGUGAAAUAAAGUCUAACUGUGUAAACUAAA